AUGAGUCGUAGCUUCAAGAUGCAGCGUCUUUUGCCGCACGAGCAGCAACAAUCGAGAGUUUACAAUGGGUACGAGAGCAACUUUGAUGGUGUCGGAGCCUUCUUGCUGUUAGGAAGUGACUCGACGGGCUACGGCUCUCGACUCAGUCGAAAUGUGAAGAACUCAUCCCGAGAUACAGCGCCGUCCUGGUCACCAUCAGAUGUGAUCUCUGUAUCAUCGUCGACGUCUAGGAAACUCUCAAACUGGCAGACAUUCUACCACUUGCUGUCCUUCAUUACAGGCUCGGGCAUGUUGUGUCUACCAUUGGCACUUGUAGAGAUUAACUGGUAUGGCGUGCUGCUGUUGAUUGUAGCCGCAAUAGUGAGUGCGUACACUUCAAAGCUAUUAGUAGACUCGUUAGAAGUUCUGCGCUGGCUGAGAGGUACCAGCGUCUCGUACAGUGACCUGGGACAAGAGUGUUUCGGUACUGCCGGUAGCCUCUUUACAAGUGUGCUUGUGCACGUCUCGUUUCUGAUUUUGUCUACUGGCUACUUGGUGCUCGCGUCGUCGUGUCUUGUGGAUGUACUGGGACUUCAGUUCGGCACGGUCAUGGUGUUGGUGGCUGUGUGCGUGUGGUUCCAAGUACUGGUGCCCUCGCUCAAAAUGCUAGCCGUGCUUUCAGCUGUGAAUGUAGCCUUCAGCUUCUGGAUCGAGUCGAUCAUUUUAGGUGAUGCGAUGUAUCCGCUCAAGCAGAUUGCACUGGAGCAUUCCGAUUUUGUUUUUGUGACGCCAAAUCUCUCAAAUGUGACGAUAAUGGGAAAACUCUCGUAUACGUUUUCGCUACUGCUUGGUGGACUCUUCAAUCACUCAAUUAUACCUACAUUGUACGAUGCCAUGGCCGAUCCAAGUCAGUGCAACUCAGUGGUUGCGCGCACGACAUUUGGGACCACAGCACUCUUGUAUUUGCCGAUUUGCUGUGUCACUUACGCCGUGUACGGUGCAACACUGGAAGCUCCCGUCUUUUUCAACAUGCGCAAUGUCGUUGUGCGCGACUUGGCAAUUGUGCUGUACAGUAUUCAUCUUUUGCUGUCGUAUACAAUCACCUUGUUUCCUCUCCAGCGCGUGUUUGAGCGGUGGAUUGUGCAGGUUCCAAGUGGAAGCACCCACAACAGUCCGGUGGAAGCUGCUGCUGCAAGUGGAGCACUUCCGUUCGUAUCCUUUGGCCCCGUACCAGAAAGCGAGCAAGAAGGGAGAUGUGGCGGUGUGGAGACCACUGCGCGCGUGCUCUGCCGAAGCAUUUUGGUGCUCACGACACUUCUUUUGGGCUACUUUACUACACCCAAUACACUGGAUAUUUUUGCGUGGAUGCUUGUACCGACGGCACUUUUGGCACUUGUUCUUCCAUGUAUUUUCUACUGGAAACUAUGCGGUGAGGAAGCUACUCGCAUGGAUCGCAUUGCUUCCGUUCUUAUCAGCGUGGUAGCAAUUGUCACUGCCGGUUGGAGUCUUGCUGUUAUUAUCGAGUGUUAA